CGACUUCUACAGCCAGCAUGGAUGGAUGACACUUCUGCCCAGAACAACAAGUUGGUUUACAUGUUUCAUUCUGACACAGUGAGUAAGUCUGCAAGAUGGCUGGCGCGUUGGCAAGAAUAUUGUUCUACCCGACAUUAGCCUAUAAUGUCAUUAUGGAGAAGAUAUCGUCCCGGAAAUGGUACAACCGUGUGGACGAGACGGUGAUCCUCGGAGCCCUCCCGUUCAAAUCCAUGACAGAAGAGUUGGUGCAGAAAGAGAAUGUCAGAGGAGUCAUCACCAUGAACGAGGAGUACGAGACCAAAUACUUCUGCAACUCUGCUGAGGAGUGGCGUGCGGUGGGCGUCGAGCAGCUCCGUUUGAGCACGGUGGACCUGACGGGCGUGCCCAGUAUGGAGCACGUGCAGAGGGGCGUGGCCUUCGCGCUGCACCAUCGGCAGCAGGGCUCCAGCGUCUACGUCCACUGCAAAGCAGGACGCUCACGCAGCGCCACGCUCGCCGCAGCCUACCUCAUCAAGCUGCACUGCUGCUCCCCAGAGGAGGCGUGUGGUAUCCUGGCGUCGGUGCGUCCCCACAUCCUGAUCCGCUCCGCACAGAAGCAGCUGCUCCACCGCUACCACCAGCAGAGCUGCACCCCCGCCUCACGCAGCUAGGGGGCGCUCCACCGCUACCACCAGCAGAGCUGCACCCCCGCCUCACGCAGCUAGGGGGCGCUAUAUCCCACCAGCAGACCUGCACCCCCGCCUCACGCAGCUAGGGGGCGCUCCACCGCUACCACCA